AUGGAUGUGAAGAUGACAUUUUUAAAUGGAAACUUAGAUGAAGAGAUCUAUAUGGAGCAACCAGAAGGAUUCAUAGUUAAGGGCCAAGAACACAGGGUGUGCAAGUUGGUUAAAUCUUUAUAUGGCCUAAAGCAAGCUCCUAAGCAAUGGCAUGAGAAAUUUGACAAGAUGAUUCUAGAUUAUGAUUUUAAGUUUAAUGGCCAUGAUAAAUGCGUUUAUUACAAAGAGAAUAAUGGAGAACAUGUAAUCUUGUGCCUAUAUGUUGAUGACAUUUUGAUCUUUGGGACGAAUUUAGAGAUUGUGAAUGAUGUGAAGUCAUAUUUAUGUAGGAAUUUUGACAUGAAAGAUAUGGGAUAA